GCUGUUUGUUUCAACUUUCGCGUGCCUUAGUAUCUUCGUCCACCUUGGUCGACAAGUAAAGAGUCUGCAAAAACCUAAUCAACCGAUCUCCUAUCACUGGAUAACAAUGGCGUUGCAAUGGAUGAUUCUGACGUAUGUUGUUGCCGCUGAGGCAGCCAUAGCCUUGUUGCUCACUAUGCCUUCCCCCAAGGCCUUGAAGUCUAGUCUCGUCUCUUUAAUUUCUCUCAUUUUACAACCCUCCAUGUUCAUCGUCCCCUUUGCUGGUUUUCAGCUUCUAGAUAUCUACUGGAAGAACGAGCACAGGUUGAUGUGUUCUGGAGAGACCUGUACUACUGCUGAGAGAGAUCGAUACGAGAGAUCGAUAUACAAGGCUCAGAGGAAUGUAAUUCUGUGUUGUGCAGCAUGUCUUCUCUACUGGUGUAUCUAUCGUGUUUGCAAGUACUACAAGGAGAUUCAGAGUAUGGAGGAAGUCGAAAAGAGGUACAAGGAAGAGUAGAAUACUUCCAUCGGAUUGCGUUGCAGGUACCAUAUUUGUAUGUCGUCUUGGUGUUUCAAGCCGUAGAGUUUAUUGUACCUUAUAUCGUGAAUUUAUGCAUUAUUGUGUAAUAAAAGACAAGCUUAAGUAUUCUAGUUUGAUACCAAUGUGCCAUUUUCUUUCU